GGUUGAUGCAGGCCUGGAGGGCACCUUCCCUACCGCUAACCUGGCCUGGACCCAAGACCCGAGAUGAGCGUGGGUGAGAGCAGCUGCCCUUCUGUUGGCUUCAUGUGGCUGGCGUGGCCCUGCACAGGUGGAGCAGGCUCUGCGGCUGGAGUCUGGGGAGCUGGAGACUCAGGAGCCCAGGGGGCUGGUACAGCAGAUCGUGGAGUUGCGGAGGCAGCUGCAGGAGGAGCAGGCCUCCUACUGGCACAAGCUGCAGGCCUACCAGGAGGGCCAGCAGCAGCAGGCCCAGCUUGUGCAGCGGCUGCAGGGCAAGAACACAGACCACAGCCAAGACCUGGAGAGCAUCCUCAUCUGGCUCGAGGAAGAGCAGCCGAGGAGUGCCAGCCUGGCCCAGGUGAAUGCCAUGCUCUGAGAACAGCUGGACCAGGCAGGUUCGGCCAACCAGGCUCUGAGUGAGGACAUACGAAAGGCGACCAGCGACUGGACACGCAGCUGCAAGGAGCUGGAGCAGUGGGAGGCAGCCUGGAGGUGCGAGGAGGAG